AUGAUUUUAGGGGUGAAACGCAGCGGUAGCGGAGCCAUGGAUGGUAUGGCAAUGGCAGAGUCGACGUCCACGCCUCCUCUAACAUCCAUUGUUGAAGCCUUUGAGGAGUUGGACAAGUUCCUCCAAUCCCAACCACAACAACAACAGAGGCUAAGUUUGGAUACCUUCUGCCAGGCCUCUUCUCUCGUCUCCAUCCUCUUCAGUUGCCUUGGCCUCGCUUUCAAGUUCGCCGAGAUGGAGUACGUCUCCAAGGUUGAUGAUCUUGUGGAAGCAUCAAAGACUUACGACACCUUAGAAAGUAUAAUUGAUUUUGAUGUUGCAAAUGACAUGGUAAAAACCCCGGGAAGCCACUCCCGUAAUUUGCGCCGAGUUAGGCAGGGCCUUGACCUCAUCAGAGCUUUAUUUGAACAAUUUUUGUCAACCGAUGACUAUUCUUUAAGGGAAGCAGCUUCUACAGCUUAUGCCCAAGUUUGUGCGCCAUACCACAGUUGGACAAUAAGGACAGCAGUUGCUGCCGGCAUGUAUGCUCUUCCGACAAGGGAUCAACUUCUGGUGAAUCUUGAAGAAACCCACCAGUCAGCAGAGAAGAAGAUGAAAAGGUACAUCCGGGCCUCACGUCCGGUGAUUGAGUACAUCGACAAGCUAUACCUUUCUAGGAGUAUCACCUUGGACUGGUGA